AUGGUAGUGGUUAAUGCUAAAAAGGGUGUUGAUAGUGACAUAAAGGCAAACAUUGUCCCUCUUCAAUUAAAUGACCUCCCUGAUCAUGAGAGUCUGUGUCUUCAGUACCUGGAGAAACACAAGGGCAAAGCCAUAGCUAUUGUCUUUGUAGUGGACAGUGUGUCACUUCAAAAAAAUGUGCAGGAUGUAGCUGAGCUCCUCUACAUGUUGCUGACUGUUGCUAUGAUUGUGAAGAAUGCACCUCCAUGCCUAAUAGCCUGCAACAAGCAAGAUAUGACCAUGGCCAAAUCUGCAAAAUUAAUUCAACAGCAAUUGGAAAAGGAACUCAACACUCUGAAGAUGAUUCGCUCUGCUGCACCAAAGUCUCUGGAUGGAUCUGGCACUGGAGGUGUGGUGCCUUUAGGAAAGAAGGGAAAGGUGUUUGUUGAGUGCGGUGCACGAGGGAGCAAAGGGGGCAAAAGUGAAGCAGACCUUGGAACUGUGGAAGUUUGGCUUGUUAAAGUAGCAUGA